UUAUUUGAAUCGAAAAAUGUUUAGUAAUACAAAGAAUAGCAUCAAUAUGACACAUAAUAUGAGUGGAUUUGGUGAAGAGCGAUCAACUAUGAACUAUACGGGUGUCAUAGAUUGGCUACUUGCAUACAGGGAUCCAUAUGAUAUUUGGAUGUCACAUCCGAGCUAUGUGAUUUGUGAAUUUCAUUUUCUCAUUGGAGCUGCUCUGAUGAUUGUUCAUGCUUUGAAAACCGGAGGCAGAUGGCCAUGGUUAUUCUUAUCAGCUAUGACGCAUGGAUUUGUGAUUGAAUUGAUUUCGUACUUUUCACCGUUCAUCGAUAAUUUUUGGCACGCUCAAAGCAUUAUUACACUUUUCGAUCGCCGGAUGCCACUCUAUAUUACGGUUUUAUAUUCGGUGUUUUAUUAUCAUGCUUCAUGGAUCGUUUCCAAAAUGCAAUUGAAAUCUAAACUGGUUGAAUAUAUGGCCGUUGGACUGAUGACCGUUUUAAUUGAUAUGCCGUUUGAUAUAAUUUGUGUAAAAUAUGUUCAUUGGAUAUGGCAUGAUACUGAUCCAAAUAUUUAUGAUCGCCAUUAUUGGGUGCCAUGGAAUUCGUAUUACUUCCAUUUGUGCUUUUCUACUAGUUUUCAAUUUUGGUUUCAUUCCGUUCGUAGUUGGUUUGAAACGCGUAAAAAUUUAGACAAAUGGCAAUCUGGUUCGAUGAGAUCUGAAAUACAUGCAUUAGUUUGGUCGUCGCUUUUGGGAAUGCCAACUGGCUGCUUAUUCUUUGUUUUACUUUACCACCCACUUCAUGAUUUUUAUGGUGUUUCGUCUGAAGCAAUAUUCGUAACCAUUUUAUUGGUAUUCACAGUAAUCGUUUGGAGAUUCGAUAGGAAAUCUGGCCAUCGUUUCGAAAAACCAGCCAACAUGAAUUUAAUUUCAAAAUUAUUAUUUGGACACUUUUUAGUUCAUUAUUUAGUUUUUUUGGGUACAGCAAUUUUCUUUAAUCCCGAAGACGCUGUUUCUGUUGGAAUGCAUCAGCCGAUUGGAAACUGCAAUGAAACCGAACCAGUUCAUACGUUUUUAAAGGCAAUAUUGGAACGACGAAAAUUCCUUUGUGUCGAAAAUUACGAUGAAAAGUAUUAUGAUUUCAAAUGUUUGCAAAAUGGGCGUGCACCAUCAGAAGGAAGUGUUUGGUAUACAGUUUGUGGAACACAAUUUGAGAAUCGAGCUGAAUACAUAACAGUAUUGUCUUUAAUUACGUUCAUCGCAUACAUGGUAUUUAUUUCAAUACAUAGCAACUGUGGUGAUAAACAACGGCAACCAGUGGAGCGUUCUGAAAGAAAAAAACUCAAUUAGGUGUCUAAAACUAUUGAAUUUGCUGUA